AUGGCGAGUCCCGCGGCGACUCUCACAUCACUUCUUAGGGCCUCGACUAUCCAAGACCAUGACGAAAUUCUGAAAGCUGCAAAUGCCGCUAUCAAGACUUCAAAAGGGGAUAUUACCCCCCAGCGCACACGCGUCGUCGCCCUUUUAAAGCUAGAUCGGUUCGAUGACGCCCUUCGGGUUAUAGUUGAGGGUGGGGAUGCUUUAGAAAAAGAAUGUCUGUUUGAGAAGUCCUACGCUCUAUACAAGUCCGGUCAACUUGAAAAGGCGAAAAAAUCGCUCGAGGCGGCCCCAGCGGCUUCCAAGUCCUCUCGUGCCUUUCGCCAUCUUGCUGCUCAGAUUGCCUAUCGCGCCGAAAAAUUCCCGGAUGCCGCCGACACUUAUCGCCAUCUUUCCCAGGAACCAGGGGGCCUAGCUGGUGAAGAGAACGACUUAAAGAUUAACCUUUUGGCUACGAAUGCCCAGCUCGAGUGGAACGGCCUUGGGCAUCUAUUACAAGAACAGGAGAGGCUACCGUCGCGUGACCAUCUCGAAGCUUUCGAGACCGCCUAUAACGCGGCGUGUACAUGUAUCGCUAGAGAUGACCUAGAUCGCGCAUCUAUUUUCCUUAAGCGUGCACAAGAUCUGUGUGAAGCUAGCGAGGACCUAUCUGCUGAUGAAAAGAAGGCCGAGCUUCUUCCUAUCAUGGUCCAAAAUGCCUAUGUCCUAGCAAGACGAGGCAAGGAAGUGGAGGCUGUAGCCCUGCAUAAAUCUAUCCCCGUUUCUGAGAUUCCUGAGGCACCCACUAGGGCGGUUGCACAGAACAACGAGGCUGUACUCAACGCAGCGGAGAAAAAUCCUUUUCUUACUCAGCGUCUCCUUCAGUCGGCCACAAAAUUGUCUGACCGCGACAAACUUUUUGAGUACCAGGCGUCUACAUUGAGACGCAAUAAAUAUAGCUUAAACCUGAAAGCGCAAAAGUUCGACGGUCUCCAGUCCUCUACCUCGAAAUUGAUUCUACAGAGUCCAUCACCCACAGCUUCUACAGAGAUCGCCGGCCUUGGGGUCAUCAACGCCGCGGCCCACACUCACCUGGGAAUUGGUCCAGAUGCUCUAAAGAAAACUCUAUCUCUUCUUGAAAAACGACCCACUGAUGUUGGGCUUCUAUUAACUAGUAUUCAGCUCUACAUGCUGGAGAAUAAUCCAGGACCAGCACUGAGCCUUCUAAAUGCCUCCCUAAAGCGUCUCGAAGUAACGACAACCCCCAGCCACGAAGACGUACGAUUUGCGCCCGGCCUUGUCGCCGUAGCGGUGGCGCUAUAUCGACUCCAAGGACGACAGAAUUCCAUCCGUGCCGAACUAGCAAAGGCUUCCACGUACUGGCGUUCUAGGUCGAAAGGAUUUGCGCCGUCGCUCCUACGGGAAGCUGGUGUGGAACUUCUUAGGUCAUCUGACCCCCAGGAUAUCACAUUGGCGGGGAAAACGUUUGAGACCUUGGUGGCUAAGUCCGAAAAGGAUCCCACUGCUGUCGCAGGACUCGUGGCCUCUUUCGCAAAUAAUGAUUAUGCCAAGAUUGAGCCCUAUUUACAAAACCUCGCCGCAGUAGAGAGACUCACUGCUAGGAUUGAUGCCAAGGAACUGCUCGAUGCUGGUGUAGCUUCGACCCCAACCUCCACCAUCCCCUCGAGUAAAAAGAGACCAGCGGAUAGAGAACCAGAAAAACUGGCGAAGCGGCGCCGGAAGAAGCGACUACCUAAGGAUUACGAAGAAGGCAAACAACCUGAUCCAGAGCGAUGGCUUCCUCUUCGGGAUCGUAGUACGUACAGGCCUAAGGGAAAGAAAGGUAGGAAACGUGCCCAAGAGAUUACGCAAGGCGGCGUUGUCAGAGAAGAAGAGACGCUGGAGCUCGUAGGUGGUGCUGGUGCUGUUAAGGUGGAGAAGGCGUCGGGCGUCCAAGGAGGUAAAAAGAAAAAGAAGGGUAAGAAAUAA